AUGACAGAAGUGGCUGGUGCUGGGGGUGAGAAGCCAAAUCCUCAUCGCCGUUAUGCAGUUUUGACCGAUGCUUCAUUACGUAUCCGAAAGAAUCUUAUGCGACAGAUAGAAUCGGAUGUUGAAAGGGACGAAGACAAGACGCGAACACCAGCAGAGAUAAUACAUGAUGUUUUAACUUGUAUCCAAGAUCGAGCAGAAGAACCUUCAACGCGCGUCGAAAAAUUAGGGAGCUUGGUACGAUUAAUAAAAAAUCACGAAAGAUUAAAGUAUACAUAUGAUGUUGAACCUUUUUUACGAGGAUUGAGAUUUUGUGUAUCGGAUUCAGUGAAGGAAGUAAGAAUAGCUGGGUAUCGUGCAUUACGAUAUUUGAUCGCAGAUGUCACCACUCUAGAAAAAAUCAUAAAUUUACAUUAUGAAAUAUUUAUUAUGAGGUCUUUGGCAAAAGAUCCGCGUGUAUGUAAUGAUGAGCGCGAACAGGUACUAAAAAUUAUACGAACUUUUGCUGAUGUACCAGGCGGAACAAAAUAUAUACCGCUUGGUGUGUUACGAUCUAUUGUUUCUAUAGCUGAACUUCCAGAUGAGAAAUUACGAAACAUAUGUUUAGAAACAUUAGCAGAAAUAAUGAUUCGUGAACCACAAUUAAUAACUUAUUGUGGUGGGAUGAGAGUAAUAUUGCAAGCUUUAAUUGAUGGUCCUUUGGAACUUUCGGAAUACUUAAUGAUGGCACUGCUAUAUGUAAUAGAUAUGCCAGAAUCUAGAGAUUGUAUAAGACCUGGUGUGGAUUUAGAGAUUGUUCUCUCAGGAUUUACUGAUGCAUGCAACAAACGACCAAAAUUUGACCAGCAGAUAAGAGCUAGUUCAAGAGCUAUAUCUGUUCUGUUGAAGUCUUGGACAGGAAUUAUAUAUCUAUGCAUGGAUAAUAAACAGGCAAUAAGGUCCAUUGUUGAAGCACUAAGAAUAACAUCGGAUGAAACGCGGGAAAUCAUGCUUGAUAUGUUUUUUAACAUUUUUCGAAUCAAGAUACCACACUGGUAUCCAAGCUUUUUAUCUGGUAAAAGGAUCACUGUAUAUGGACUGUUUACACCUGAAAAUAAUAAUAAUGGAGAGCUACCGCCUCCCCCUUCUUCAUGCCAAGACAGACUGAAUUUAUUGGACCAUCACUUGGUCAUAUUGUUAGACAUCUUUAUUGAUGCUGGACUUCUUGAUGCUUUGGUUGAGAUUAUCGAAGAUAAAAAUCAACAUAACGCACGCAAAGCUACUCUUUUUAUUGGUGAAAUUCUUCAAUUAUCUAAUCGGUUAUUACCUUUGUCUCGUUCGAUGAGAAUACAGUCUCUACCUAGACUCUUUAGAUUAGCCACAAAAUUUGACGAUGAAAUUGUACGUCACAGUGCUACUGCAGCACUUUCACAUAUUGAUAAUUUGAAUCGUACGCGAAACCGUUUUCAACCAAACAUUGGAGAAUCGGAUGACUCAUCUAUUGGUUCACCAAAUCGACAAAGGCGUAAUGCACGCCAAGUUGAAAAUGUAAAAAUUAAAAUGGGCAUACAAAUUGAUGACGUCCAUUUUAGAAACAUGCUUUUAGAUACUCAGGUUCUUAGUACUAAAGAUUAUCUCAAGUGGAACUGGGAAACUACAAUGGAAUUAUUACAAGGACCAUUACUAAACCCUCGUCGACUAGAGGAAGCAAUAAGGUCCAAAUUUAUGAAACGGUUAAUUGGUUUUUUCAGACCAAAUAGCAGACGGUUCUCGGAAAUUGAAAAAAACAUGGAAACCGAACGUUAUGUCCAAUUAGGCUGCACGCUUAUAACGACUCUUCUUGCGAAUUAUGAUGGGGUCAAAUACUUAGAAAGCAACAAGUUCUUGAGGCAGAUCUCAGAUAAUUUAAAUCAGCUUGUUCCACCGAUGAAUGCUAGUUUUGAAUCGGAGUUUUUUUCCAAAGAACGAAUUAAUAAUACAUUAACAAGUGGCUAUUUCACGAUGAUAGGAAUACUUAGCAAAUUCAAAGAUGGAGUCAAGGAUGGUCAUCCACGAAUUCUUCUUUCUAAAGUGAUGACUUCUGGCUAUAAGCGCAUACGACUAUAUGCCACAAAACACCUUGGUGUAAUCCUACGAACAUCAGUCCAAAAAUUUAAUGAAUGGGCAAUACAACUACUAAUAACACAGCUGUAUGAUCCUGCUAUGGAAGUCUGUCAAAUGGCAGUACGUGUUUUGGAAGAAAUUUGUAAUCACAAAGAGAACAUAGAGUUGCUUGUGAAAUUGCGGCCUAGCUUAGACAAUUUGGGAGAAGUUGGAAAUCCACUAUUGUUGAGGUUUUUGUCUACUUCAAUCGGAUUUAAAUAUCUAUCAGAAUCCGCUUACGUGGAAAAAGAGAUGGAUGAUUGGUUUCAGAGUGGUAAUCAAUAUUAUGUGACGCAACUUGAAGUAUCUUUAUCGAAUGCGCUAAGACUUGAUGGAGAGGAAGCGCGAGGUGAUGAUGAUGACAAAGACGUAAAAAUAAGCAUGUUUGAUGGAAUAUCUCCUGCCCAUUUUUAUGGUGAAUUAACAAAAACAGAUGAAGGGUGCCAGCUGUUAAGAGAGAAGGGGCAUUUUCGUGAUUUCGUAAACUAUAUAAGAAAACAUGAAAUGGAAAGACGUGAUACAAAUAUUAUUUCGAAAUUGAAGUCGAUUCUCUGGGCUGUUGGCAACAUUGGGGCAUCUAAGAGUGGACUACAAUUUUUGGAGGAGGAAGAUAUUGUUAAAAAUAUUGUACAUAUUGCCGAAAAUUCUGAAGUUCUUUCAUUGAAAGGAACGUGUUUUUUUGUAUUGGGCUUAAUUGCUAAAACUGCACCUGGUGUUGAAAUCUUGGAAGAAUUAGAAUGGGAAUGUGCAUAUGAUCUAGAGACAGGUGCAUGUACUGGCUUUUGUUGUCCCAUGAACUCUAAAGCAUUUCUUUCGUUUCCACAAUGGACCUACAAAGGUUUUGAGAUAGCACCACCUGAUAAACAUGCUAAUCCCAUACUUCCAAGCACUCAAGCAGAAAGAGAUUUGUUGAAAGCUAUGACCAAUUUAACAAAUAGAAUAUUAUCGAGCACCGGAUCUAAAAGUUUGUUAAAGAUAAGAUCACAGCACCCAGAAAUCUUCAACCAACUAAGUACUUAUCACAAAGUAAUCCAAAUGCUAUCAUCAUAUCACUAUCGUUUACCAACGCGACGUAUUAUUAGCGAAUUAUUUGAUAUAAAUUUCACAAAAGAAACACUUGAUCAACUCGAUAUACUUAUGGAAGUACAUCAUGGUUAUGAUGGAGUUAAUGGAGUUUCUGACGAUACAAUAACAGAAGAUGGUGGUGGCACUGAAGAUGCAGAUGCACAACUACAUAAGCAAAGGAUGGAAAAUUUUAAUAGGGUGCAUCGUGGUAGCGAUGGUGUUAUUGCUGUUAUGUCAGACGAUCAAAUGGAUGGAUGUGCAGAAGAAGUUGUUCCGAAACAAGAUUUGUUACCUGCUAAAAUUGUCAAAGGAUUUAAUACUACGUGA